AUGGCCAGUAUCUUUUCUAAGUUGCUAACUGGCCGCAAUGCUUCUCUGCUGUUUGCUACCAUGGGCACCAGUGUCCUGACCACCGGGUACCUGCUGAACCAGCAGAAAGUGUGUGCCGAGGUCAGGGAGCAGCCUAGGCUAUUUCCUCCAAGUGCAGACUACCCAGACCUGCGCAAGCACAACAACUGCAUGGCCGAGUGCCUCACCCCCGCCAUCUAUGCCAAGCUUCGCAACAAGGUGACGCCCAAUGGCUACACCCUGGACCAGUGCAUCCAGACUGGAGUGGACAACCCUGGCCACCCCUUCAUAAAGACUGUGGGCAUGGUGGCUGGUGACGAGGAGUCCUAUGAGGUGUUUGCUGACCUUUUUGACCCCGUCAUCAAACUAAGACACAACGGCUACGACCCCAGGGUGAUGAAGCACACAACGGAUCUGGACGCAUCCAAGAUCACCCAAGGGCAGUUCGACGAGCAUUAUGUGCUGUCUUCUCGGGUUCGCACCGGCCGCAGCAUCCGUGGGCUGAGCCUGCCGCCCGCCUGCACCCGGGCCGAGCGGAGGGAGGUAGAGAACGUGGCCAUCACUGCCCUGGAGGGCCUCAAAGGGGACCUGGCUGGCCGCUACUACAAGCUGUCCGAGAUGACGGAGCAGGACCAGCAGCGGCUCAUCGAUGACCACUUUCUGUUUGAUAAGCCAGUGUCCCCUUUAUUAACAUGUGCUGGGAUGGCCCGUGACUGGCCAGAUGCCAGGGGAAUCUGGCAUAAUUAUGAUAAGACAUUUCUUAUCUGGAUAAAUGAGGAGGAUCACACCAGGGUAAUCUCAAUGGAAAAAGGAGGCAAUAUGAAACGAGUAUUUGAGCGAUUCUGUCGUGGACUAAAAGAAGUAGAACGGUUAAUCCAAGAACGAGGCUGGGAGUUCAUGUGGAAUGAGCGCCUAGGAUACAUUUUGACCUGUCCUUCGAACCUUGGAACAGGACUACGAGCUGGUGUCCAUGUUAGGAUCCCAAAGCUCAGCAAGGACCCACGCUUUUCUAAGAUCCUGGAAAACCUAAGACUCCAGAAGCGUGGCACAGGUGGUGUGGACACUGCCGCAGUCGCAGAUGUGUACGACAUUUCCAACAUAGAUAGAAUUGGUCGAUCAGAGGUUGAGCUUGUUCAGAUAGUCAUCGAUGGAGUCAAUUACCUGGUGGAUUGUGAAAAGAAGUUGGAGAGAGGCCAAGAUAUUAAGGUGCCACCCCCUCUGCCUCAGUUUGGCAAAAAGUGAACUUUCCCUUUCCCAAUUUAUAAAUAAUCUGUCUGCUGGUACGACAGACAUAAAUCUCUACUCUGAGAGUUUUUGUACACUUGGAAAAAUAUAAAGUUGUAGAUCCUGCCUAUCUUUACAAUAAAACUCUCCUUAAUAUA